UGUAAAAGAUUGAUGAAGCACACGUACUACUUUUAACCAAUAUCAGGGCAAUAUUGUGGCACACACUUUUACAUGUACAUGAACAUGAUGUAGUUCCGAUUUCCGCUGCGUUCCUGAGAGUGAGGGCGUUUUGUUAGAAUAUUCUUGCAACCCAUCGUGUGGUGGCGCUGUUUACAAUCUCAGUAUAUCGUACAUGCACCAAAACACCUUCGAUGUGUGCACUUCGUAUUGCUGUAUGUUGGGAAGGAUCAUUGGCCUACAGCCCCAUAUUAAGUGAAUGCAAGAUGUCAUAAUGAAAGGACAGAUGAAACCAUAGUACCCAGCAAUAGUCCGAUACACAACAAUUUGGGAUGACAUCGGGGGAAGAUGGUCAACUAUGCCGAGUUGUUGUUCACCAGACGCGGCACUUGGUUGCCAAAGGUGCAGACGGCACGUGGAGCAGUGCAUUCGUUAAAAUGACCUGUGAUAAAGAACGUUUCAUGACCUCGGUUGCAGAGAAGUCGCCUAAUCCUCAGUGGAACGAGGACUGUGAAUUCACCAUCACCAGAGAUGAUGCUUGUGUUGAGCUGUGGGUCUACCAUAGAGGCAAGCUACUAGAUGUCUUCUUGGGCAUGGUAGCGAUCCCUCUAGGAAGGCUGAGAAAUUCCCACGCUGCAGUAACAAAAUGGUACAAGCUUCAACAGAGGCCUGGCAAGUCCAAGAAGGACAGUAAAGACCGAGGAGAGAUUGAAAUCACUGUUGAGAUCAUGGAAGACAGUGCAGAGCCACUGGCUAUAGGGGUGGACUGUGAUGGGUCAGAGGUCAGAGGUCAAGACAGCACAAGCAAAGCCAAGAGGUCAUCAUCUCUGCGUGCCAAGCCACCAGGAUUAAAGAGCAAGCUGAAAGUCCCUCGUUUGAAAAGCUACACAGCGGUGAGCAAGGAUGACAGUACAUGUACACUACCAGAGAUCACUGGACGGGAAAAGUCUGACUCCAAUGACAGUGGAAGGGCCUCUGAUUCCAUUGCUUCCGAGAGCCCAGCAUCAGAGAGAAGGCUAUCCCACAAUGCACAGGGAAACUUUGGUUCUGAGGAGUCCAUGGGCAGCGAUGGAUCGCAUUCAAAGGAAAAAAAGGGAGGGUUACGGAAGCGAAUGAAAAGUGCCAUCGGCUCGUUGAAAAGAGAAAAGGCCCACAGUAAGGCUCCAUCACAGAGUCCAUACAGCAGUGAAUCGAAUCUACCUUCUCCAUCCCCUGAGGCACUCCAUGAGAUACUCCCACCGUCAUCAUUACCAGAACGAUACUUGCCAAGUGACAGCCAACCGAAUCACGCGGCCUCGACCUCGGAACUUUACACCCGUGUUCCAAAAGCUGCACGACCCCUGUCGUACCCACUGAGGUCCAUCUCAGAGGAGUACAUCCCACUGGAAGUCUUGUACUCCUCCAGGGGCCAGUAUCAGCCAAGACAAAGGGGUGGGGCUGGCAAGAAUCCUGGAGGCGGAGGAACCCAGGAGCAGAAUGAUGAAAGGUCGUCAGAUCAAUCUUCAAGAGACAGUAAGCUGAGGCAUUCAUUUCGCAGUGGUCUGCCGUCUCUACGGAAGAGCAAUGUGAGUGUGACCUUUGACCCCACCAAGGAGAGUGGAUAUGGAACCAGUGUCAAUCGGGAGGAACACGAGGAAUUACCAGCGCAGUAUGUCAAUAUGACCAAAGAGGGUCUGAUUCGUCGACUCUUGCUCAAAGAGAGACUUCUUCGUGAGCGGCAACAGUAUAUAAGAGAACUUGAAGACUACACUGACAACCUGCUGCUGAAAGUCAUGCUGGAGAGUCCUAGAUUACUAGACAGAGAUUUCCAUCCCAAGAUUGUCAAGCCUGCACGGUAAUUCCCAGUAAGAUACAAAAAUUGAGCCAGGACUUUUGCCCGUGCAUCGAUGCAUAUUCAUAUCCCUGUACACUCAUCAUUGUCUGAGAGCUUGCUAAAAAUUCACAGGCUUUCUCUGACAACGUAGAAAUACGGUGUCAUGAAUAUUCAUCAGUAAAGGUAAAAUCCCUAAUUAAAAAUUAUUAUCUCUUUAACGCAAAGAGUAUGUUUGGAAAUAGACAUAAAUUUCAUUAAUGGUAACAAUACUGAAUCCUGUAAUUUCAACAUUAUCCCAAACCCUCAGGUUGGGAGGUUUGUACUGCCUCUUGCUAUCAUUCACUGUAACAAUUGAGAUUCGUUGAAUCUCAAAGCUGCUUAGUAAUCUAACAAUGUCAUGGAUCUUGUUUAGCGCAUUAUAAUCCCCAGAACAAAGGCGUCAAAUAUGGAGGCUGACUUGAGUUGAGCUGGUAGAGUGUUCUGUUAUUAAAUUCAGAGCUUUGAAUAGACCUCUAGAGCACCAUAAAGUGAGCAUGUCAUGUGCACAAUCAUGUAUGCAUGUACAAGGCAUUAGGGUAAGAACCAGCUCAUGAAUCAACAUGAGCACGAACUCCAAACUUUACACUGCACUUUCUGGUUCUAAAUGGCAUCACACGUCAGUACUUUGCAACAUGAUGACUUCACCUUAUUGUUUACAAAGGUGCUUUCCUAUAGCAGUGAGUUGAGAUGCACUCUAUCAAGCUCUCAUUGGAAAGUGGACACAUAAACGAAGCAUGGCGUCCUUACAUUUGAGGUCUUUAAAUUUUCUGUUGGUGAAACUUGUAUUCUUGUGAAGUUGUUUUCAGAAUUGUUUAGUUUGUAGAUUCGUUGCUUGUACAAAUUGUUUUCUACAACAAGAUGUUGUCUUUUUGAAAGCUUACUCUCUUGCAUCAAGUGUUUGGUGGCAUAAUUUCCUUUGAUACAUCUUUUUAAAAGUCUUUAUUGUAAAAUCUAAAGGCCGUUGGUUGUUGAGGGUUUUUAUUUUGGUUUGAUUUGUUUUUUUAUCAUGACUUGUUUCACCUGAAAUAACCUCUGGCAUUGUUUGGAAGUAAAUAAACAACAUCUCGCGGAUUACUAAUGGUUAGGGGUAUCUGACAAGGUAGAGCUGUAUUAUUUUCAUAGUUUUUGUUAGCUCUUUAACAAAGAUCUUUUAGUUUCUGUAGCAAUUGCAAGUAUGUUUACAAGUCAGGGACUUCUAUAAAGUACCAUUAUGCUUAAACAUGUAAUAUAUUGGUAUAAUGUGCUUAAUGUUUGUCACUAUUAUUUAUGCCCAAAGUAUAUCUUUUUUACCUUUUUCAUGUUUUACCUAUAUUGAUAGGCCGAGGAGUAUAGUUUAUUCAGAUGCACUGUGUUAUUCGUGCAUAUGAACCUUUGAAAUUAAACACAUAAUAUUAGUAUGUAAUGUUAGCAUUAGGUUUGUCAUUACAUGUGCUCAUUAUUCACAUUAUGUUUUGAUCCCUCAAGUUCAAAGUGGUUUUGAAAUUUUCUUUUCAUUCAGCAAAGAAAAGGUCGGUUUAGUUGUUUGCAAAGGAAAGUGUCACAGCUUCCACAGAGCAAUAUAGUUGCGAAGAUUCGGAGGAAGACUUAAGGCUGGAGUCAUGCCAGAUAGAAAUAAUCGGUCUUCUCUCUGCGCCCAUAAGGAGACAGUUUCAAUCCACGUGUUCUGUAUGAGCGAGCCAACAGUGUCGUUGUACUGAUUUUCAUCAAAUAUGUUAAUUGACGGUGAUUUGACUUGUGCAUUGUGGAGACUGUUUAGAAUCGUAGCGAAAUCAAAUUCAAAGCCUAGAACCACAUAAAUGUAAGCAGGUUCCAUUUGCAUCACUUUUUGUCGUUUUGUAUUUUUCUUUGAAGUGAUCUGUGACAGUUGAUAUCACCAUGCGAAAGAAAACCAAACAGAUCACUGCCCGAUCAGGAAUUGCAUGUUUACUUGAUAGAUAUGUAGAAUAUAAGCAAGAGAUAGGCGUCAAAUUUGAACGGGGCACGCUGGAAGCUGUUGCCCAUUGGCAUGACAGGUAAAAUUGAUAGUACACUGAAUGAGGAGUUUCGGCACAUUCCCGAAAUUCAACACUUAUUAUGACUUCUUUUCCAUUUUGUAAAUAGAACUUACGGUCACAUGGAUAGAAUUGGUUUUGUUUGACCUGAUAAUUCAGUUACUGCUGAAUCUAUUCAAGGAUCUAUCCAACAAUCACUUUACUUCUGUAUUCAGUCAUUUAAUUCAUAUAUUCUUGUUGUGUUUUGUCCAUAAAGUACGUAACUGUGUGUUGUAUUUACUAAUUUUGUCAUUUGGUAUACUAACUACAUUUAUAUCUACGUACCUUCGCCAUAUAUCCUUAAUAUUUUAAGAGGCUUUUUGCUCGACUUGUGAUUCUAUAAUUAUGAUUUCUAGCCUCCUUGUAAGUAACACUCGGUCACUGACAGUACUUUUAGCGUUCAAGAUCAUUAUUUUCUGCAUGCGCGUCUUCCCAGAACAAACUUAAAUGUUGCAAAUAUUUUGUAUUGUUUUUAAUAUUUUCAUUGCCGUGAACACUUUUAUUUUAAAUGUAAUUAACUGCAUGCAGUGCUAAAAGUGUUGCUUGCCUUGUAAAAUUCCAAAGGGUGUGUCUGUUGAUACAUGUGCGGAGAUGAAGUCAAUUCUGACCAGAUGAUUAUGCCCACAAACAAGAUUAAUAAGUCAAGUCUUUUGUUGAAAAAACAAAACAUGACAGGGAACACGUACAAAUUUUAAAUGUCAGUUGGAAUUCCAACUUUAGCAGUUUUGGUGCUACCAUAAUAUUGAUCACGUUUCUCACAUAUUAUGUCAUUACUUUUUGGAGCUGCAGUAGACUUUGUACUUUCUUUUUAAAAGCCGUUUUGUUGCAAUACUGGCUCUCGAUCUUACACAGGGGCGGAUCCAGGAAUUGUUUUUUUUGGGGGGGGGGGUCAAGCCAAAGACGUUUAAUGUCUCAUUUUUGUAGACAAGUGGAAAUGAUGAUAAAACAUUACCUGCCAUACAUUGUUUAGAAUGGUACUGCUGGUGCACUUUAGUUUUUAUUGUUAUUUGUAUUUUCCCCAUUUUUGGUGUCAUUACAGGCCCCCCCCCGAAUCUGCGGCUGCUUACAUCAGUUUUAAUAUUUAAUAUGCUUCUCGUUAGGCUGCACGCAAAACCUAAAAGGGAUCCAUUGCAUGAAGGUCCCGUUUGACAUGAUGUUUGGUUCCUGAAGCUGUACAUGCAAAUACACAUUGCAUUCCUUCAAGACUAGUGUUCUCUUUAUCCUGUUUAUCAAAUCCCAAGUUUGAAAUAGUUUCAUUCAUGAAACUUGGUACAUCUGUGUGUGCAAUAAACUCUGCAUGAACAUAUUA